UGUGAUUUUGAAAACACUAUCAGUUUGGUUUAGGUAAGAGUGGGUAAGGGGAUAGGUCUUUCAGUCUGUCAGUCAGUCAACAGCGGCCUCUGGUGGAUUUACAUGAGAAGAACAGGUGCGAAAGGCACUCACAAGAGACAUUUGGGAUCUGAAAAAGCGUACACAGUGCCCUCUGGUGGAUUCGCAAAAACAAAAACUGCAAAAGAAGUAUCUCCUGGGACAUAUUUCAAGCUGUUCACAAAUGUAUGCAGGGGUACGUAUCAAUAAUCAGCCUGGAUUUGUAUUAUGCAUGCCUGGCCAGUAGAUGGCAAUGUUACCUUGUAAAGAACCUCUGCACACCUGUGCACAUACAGUCCUAUAGGGCAGCAUUGUUGUUUAGCAUUUUUCAGAAGUUUUCAAAAUGAUGCUAUUUUGUAAAUGAACAGCCAAAAUGCAUAAACAUUUUUAAAUUUUUAGGUAAAAAAUGGGAUUGUGUAAAUGUACCUUAUAUUAGAAUAGACUAGUUAAUAUGCGUUUCAUGCUCAGUUUGAAAAAAGUGUGCACCUCUCUACUGGGACAGUGAUUCAAAAGUUAAAUGUAAUGCAUGCUAUUACUUGUAAGAACACCUCAUUUGCAUUUGCAUUACACUGAUUUAUAACUAAAAUUGCCCAGCAUCUUUGUGUCCAAGUCAAAAUGAUAUACAUUCUGUCUUCAUUCUGGAAGAAUAGUGCUUGUAGCUUCUGAGAAUAGUAAUCUAACAGGACAAUUUGGGGCGGAAUUGAGAUUUAGAUGAUCUUUAUGUUCCAAAGAGAUGCUGUGCUUCUCAUGCUUUUGUGAUUCCCAGGUUUUGUAAUCAACAGCAAAGCCAUCUGGGUAAGUGCAGAGACACCUGUGCUUUUUGGGUGAAAGCCACUGGAGUGGAAGGACUGCCAGGUAAGGAUGCCCUUCUAGCAAUGACAAAGUUAGAACAUACAGUUCAACGUCACAACAUGUUAUUCCACUAAACACUCACCAACACCAUAUUGCUAGUACCUGCUCUGUAAAAAAAUGCUGGAUCCCACACAAUUCCUUCACACAAAUCGGUUAGGUAAAGUCAAUUGUUCUUAGAAAUUUAAGUAGAUUGAACAUACUCUGGAAAGACUUUAGAAUAGUGUUAAUUCAGCUCAUUUUAAAUAAGUAGUUUAUACAAGCAGCAAAAAAUCUUUUUUAAAGUGUAGUUGGAACAUAUAUUGCCUUCGAAACUGCAUUCAUUCUUCAUGGCAAGGAUUUAACGAGGUCCUCAUUGAUUUUGGUUCUCAUUGACAUGAUCGCAUCACACAGUUGUUGCCGAUUUGGCAGUAUAUCCAUUAUGUACAGCUGUAAAUCCAUUAUGCAAAUCUGCCAUCCCAGCACAUCCUAAGGCAGCGCUAUUGGAUUAGUUCUGAUAGUGCAGGCCAUUUGGGUAUAAUCAACUCAUUGUCGUGUUCAAUAAGUCAGUUUGAGAUGAGCGACAUGGUGCUUUAUCCAGCUGGAAGGAGCCUUAACAAUAUGGGCAUGAAAGAAUGAACUUAUUCAGCAACAAUACUCAUGUAGGCUUGGUACCAAUGGGCCUAAUGUGUGCCAACAAAAUAUCCACCACACUAUUACACCACCCUCAAAAGCCAGAAUUGCUGAUACAGUAAAAAAGGCAUCCAUGCUUUCAUGUUGUCCAAAUUUUAACUCUACUAAAUAUCACAACAGAAGACUCAUCAGAAGAGACGCUCCUUUUAAUGUCUAGUUUUGGUGAGCCUGUGUAAAUAGUGGCCUCAGAUUCCUGUUAUUUGCUGACAGGAGUGACACCAGUGUGGUGUCACUCCUUCAAUCUGAGGGCCUGAAGUGUUGUGUGUUCAUAGAUGGUGUUCUGCAGAUCUCGUUGUAAACAGUGAUUCUUUAUUGUCUUUCUAUUUGCUAGAACCAGUCUGGGGUGCAUUUCCCAAAACCAUCGUUAGCCAACUAAGGUCGCAAGUUCCAGCCUGAUCUCACAAGAAAACGUCCAGAGAUCAACCAUGUGCGCAAGUUGUGCAACUCCUGCAGCACAACAACAAAAGCUCUGCUCACAAUAAUGGGAUAAUAACAGAAUCAUGGAAUAACACCAUUUGGGAUUUUCAUAUUUAAAAGUCUGCACACCAGGCAGGUUUCCUCCCACUUCCAUACUUCUUCCUGGUGUUGACCUUUGUAUCUGGGUGUGCAGCUCUAUGGAUAUGCAGUGUCAGUGAAGAUGAAUCAGGCAGAAAGUGGACACAUAAAUGAGGGAUAUUUCAGGCAGCAGACAUCAUGAGAGUUGUAGGAUGAUCUAUUAAGCUUUCAAUGGAAAGGAAGAGAGGAACAGCCGGGCCUGCAGGUCCUCCUCUGGAUGGUGGUUAUGGCUGGUUCAUUGUGCUCUCCACUUUCCUUGUGUUUGGGCUGACGUUCGGCGUAAUCAAGUCCUUCGGUGUGUUCUUUGUAGAAAUUCACCACUACUUUUCAACUACAGCAACUGCAAGCUCAUGGAUCACAUCCAUCUCUGUGGCCACGGUGCAUAUUGGGGCGCCUGUAGGCUCCGCAUUGAGCACGUACUUUGGUCAUCGUCCAGUGGUGAUGGCGGGAGGUCUGCUGAGCAGCGUCGGGAUGGUGCUCGGGUCGUUCGCCCAGGAUCUGCUACAGCUGUACAUCACAGUGGGGUUUCUCACAGGGUUUGGCUAUGCCCUGACCUGGACCCCCACCGUCACCAUGCUGGGCUGGUACUUUGACAAGCGGCGUCCAGUAGCCAACGCUCUGUCCAGCACAGGAGAAUGUCUCCUCACCUUCAUCCUCACUCCGUCCUUCCAGCUCAUGGUGGAUCAGUUUUCCUGGAGAGGAGCCAUGCUGAUCCUCGGAGCUCUGCAGCUCAACCUGUGCGUGUGUGGGGCUCUUUUAAGACCACUAAGCAGACAUGAUUACUUUAAAGACAGCAUAGAAGAGAAUGAACACGAGCUCUCUAAAUGUUCAAAUAACAGGGCAGAUUCAGAUCCGAUGAAGGUCAAAGUCAUUCGCUACGUCGACUACACGCUAAUCGCUAACUCUCGCUUCAUGGUCUACUCAAUGUUUGGCAUCUUCGCUGCUCUUGGUUUCUUCGCUCCAUCUCUUUUUUUAGUACCCUACGCACGCAGUCAAGGAGUGGAGGAGUACCAGGCCGCUUCGCUCAUGUCCAUCUCUGCCGUGCUGGAUCUUCUGGGCCGGGUGUUUUUUGGAUGGGUGGCUAAUCUGCGGCUGGUGGAGACGGUGCAUCAGCUGAUCGGCACAGUGGUUUUGUUGGGGGCUGUUUUAUUGUUGUGUCCGCUGGCGACUACAUUCACACAGCUGGCGGUGUUCAGUGCAGGAUACGGGCUGGUGUUUGGAGCGACUGUUGCUAUUCACAUUACUGUGCUGGCGGAGGUGGUCGGGGUGGAGAGACUGGGCAGCGCACUGGGCUUUUUCAUGCUCAUCCGCAGCAGUGGCGGCCUUCUGGGACCACCUUUGGCAGGAAUCUUCAUUGACAAAAUGAGUGACUAUGGCGCUGGUUUCCUGAUGGCGGGUGUGGCUCUUCUGGUUUCUGCCCUUUUUCUGAUUGUGUUACAUUUCAUGAACAAAAAAGAGACAGAACACAAAAAAGACAUCUGCUCGGAGAAUGAGGAAGAACACGAGGAUCUAAAAAACAGGAACUUCGUUUUUGGAAAAAGUUAGAAUUCAGGAUGUGUUUCCACUUUAGUAGUUCAAAAUUAGUAGCUUGUAGACUUUGUUUUCGGUCAGUGACUAUGUCAGAUUAUGCGAAUUUGACUAAAAGUACAGUUGAGGUCAGAAUUAUUAGCCCCCUUUCUCUUUCAAACAUUUUUCAAAUGAUGUUUAGCAGAGCAAGGAAAUUUUCACAGUGUGUCUGAUAGUCUUAUUUGUUUUAUUUCAGCUAUAAUAAAAGCAGUUUUAAAUUUUUUUUAAAGCCAUUUUUAGGUCAAAAUUAUUAGCCCAUUGAAGCUAAUUUUCUUUUCGAUUGUCUACAUAACAAACCGCUUUUAAAAAAAAUAUUUUCCUAAUUACCCUAACCAGCUUAAUUAACCUAGUUAAGCCUUUAAAUCGCCCUUUAAGCUGAAUACUAGUGUCUUGAAAAACAUGUAGCUAUAUAUAUUGUACUGCCAUCAUGGCAAAGAUAAAAUAAAUCAGUUAUUAGAAAUGAGUUAUUAAAACUAUUAUGUUUAGAAGUGUGCUGUAAAAAUCUUCUUGGAAAGAAAUAAGGGAGCAGAAAUAUGGGACAAAAAAUAAAUGGGGCUAAUAAUUCUGAUCUCAACUGUAUGUGUCACUGUAUGUGUAAAAUAACAUUUUAGAUUACAUGGGGCUUGACAACAAAUCAAAAGGGUGGAACUUGCAAGCUUUCAAAAACAAGACUGUAAAAACAACUAAAAAGAAAGCUACUAAAGUGGUGAGCUUUGCAUUGACUGACAGAAAAGCUGUCAUCGGACACACUCCUGCAUUGCACUGAGACACCAGAAUGGUGUCAAUUCUCCAAAUAGAACUUGAGGAAUCAUUUCAAGCCUGGAAGUUGCAUACAGAAGACUUCUGCGCUCAUAUUUGUUCAGUGUCGCUGAUGGGGUUUAUGGAGAAAAUUGAACGUCAUUCUUUCAGGACAUCAUGAAGCAUCAGAUUGGUUGUCGCGCACGAAAUGAAGACCUGGGGGGGGGGGGAGUCGCUAGGGCACUUCAGCUCAUUUUGGAAGGGCUUUAUAUCGAAGACUCAAUAAGGGCAUAUAAACUGCACAGGUUGAGUCCUAUGUGUGCACGUGCCUGAAGGUCAUAAACACUGCCCUCCAUUAUGAUCUGUUCUUAAAAGAUUGGAGCAUUUUAGGCUAAUUUUAAACACUGGAAGUAGAAAUAUGCUGUCUAUCUUUUUAACAGACUAUGCUCUUAAUGGUGAGUGAACAGUCUUUUCUCACCCAAAUGAGGCAUUUGAUGGAUUCUGGGAAGUCUUUUUAGAGUAGUCCUAUAAUGAUGCCAUUGCAAGCAAUAUUUCAUCAAAUCUAUGGCUCUGGCACUGUGUUAAUGGACUAAUGGAAGCUCACAGUGUUUGGCUACAAAGAUGAUCACAUCAAAAACAUAACUUUAUUGUAUAGUCUAUACAGUAUACGGACAAUUUAGCUCACCCAAUUCACCUGUACCACAUGUCUUUGGACUGUGGGGGAAAAACCUGAGCACCCGGAGGAAACCCACACGAACGCAGGGAGAACAUGCAAACUCCACACAGAAACACCUACUGAACCAGCCGAAGCUCAAACCAGCGACCUUCUUGCUGUGAGGCGACAGCACUACAUACUGUGCCACCGCAUCGCAGACAUGGUUUCAUAUUUUAGCAAUAUUUUUAGGUGUUCGGACUUGGUUAAAAAAAAACGCUGAUUUAUAAAAAAUAAAAACAGUUACUGAGCUUUAAUAGAGUGGGGAGGGUUGCAACAUGGGGCAGUUGUAACAAGACUUAUUCUUCCAUUCAGGAAUAAGCUAGUGUUAGGAUAUAUUCAUCCUACAUAUUCUCAGUUAGAUCCUCCUUUAGCCAGAAAGAAAUCAGACAUGUAAGAAUUCUUUCAGUAUAAUUUUGAAGUAAAAAAAAGUAUUUUUUUAAUGUUAAAAAAAACAUUCUCAUUCGGUCUAAGCUGUUUUUGUGAAACAUUAUUCAUUCAUAUAACUUAAUUCC